GUAGGAUGGCCCUCCAAAUAAUGGAGUGAAGAGCUGGUAAGAUAGGCAGGAAAGUGUUGUGACAUUCCUUGGAAGUAAAAAAAGUAUGUUUAGCAGUGGACUAGUGAAUGGCUGUAAUCUUGAUGAUGAUGAUGACAUUAUAAUCUAUUUCAGUUAAUAAUAUCAAAAGUUGCGAUGCGAUGCGAAUACAUGAGAAUAGACGGACAGGACAAAUAAUAAAGUUGAUUUCACUUUUUUUUCAAUUCGACCGAUGUUUUGAGCUGCCACCCGCGUUCCAACAACAAAAUAAACAAUAAUCAUGGCUUUAGAUUUUUCCGCAACCUAUAAACUAUUAGUUUUAGGCGAUUCAAACGUGGGGAAGACAUGUAUUGUGCACAGAUACUGCGACGAGAGAUAUUACGAUAUUUACAUAUCCACAAUAGGUAUAGAUUUCAAACAAAAAAUUAUAAAUUUGGAUGGAGUGCCAAUUAAACUUCAAAUAUGGGACACUGCUGGCCAAGAAAGAUUCCGCACUCUCACUACGGCAUAUUAUCGUGGUGCAAUGGGCAUCAUACUAAUGUACGAUAUAACCAAUCUUGAAUCGUUUAACCACCUGUCUUAUUGGCUGAGGAAUAUUCAAGAGGUAUUUUUGUACUUUAUACUUAAAUAAAAAAAUAAACAAAUUAAAUUCCAGUGUCUGUAUGCAUUGAGAAAUUUAGAAAAAUUUAAAAUUUAAAGACAUAAACAUAUUAACUUUGGCAUCGCAAUGUAUUUAUGAAAAUGUGAUGUAUGUACAUAAAAACAUAAAUAUAAAUAGGAUGUUCAUACCUUAAACACUAGGAACAAACAUAAGCUUGUAAUGCCAGUUACUAGACUCCACAGAAUUAGUAAUUCAUUUAUGGGGCAAUGUAUACGCUUUUACAACAAAAUCCCAGGACAUGUUCAAAGUUUGUCAAUAACCAAGUUUAAAAGUUUUAUUAAAGAAAAACUACAAAAAGGGUUAUUAUCAUAUCAAGGAAUACAUGAAUGAAAAUAAUCCCUGGGUAUAAGGUGACCGCCACCAUGCUGGUUCUAUGAAAAUUAAUUUAAAAUUGUAUAAACAAAAUUAUUCUUAAGCGAAAUUAUGUAUAAAAAAAGUUCCACUGGGUUUCUUGCUGGUUCUUCCCAGGACAGAGGUAUUUUCCGAACCAGUGGUAAAUAAAAUAAUGACUUUCAAUAAGUAUUAUGUAAUAAUCCAUAUUGAAUAAAAAUCAUUCUAUUCUAUUCUAUUCAAUAUUUUUCAUUAGCAAAUAAUAUAUUUCAUAUUAUGAGUGCAUGAAUCUUAGGCUCAAAACAAUUUUUUCGUAAAACUGAAGUGUCAAACGAACCUUUAAUUCACCCAAUGGUAAGCAUACAUUGCUGUCUGUGGUCUCCUUGAGCCGAUUUCAAACAAAUAUGGCUUUUUAUCAUGGUGAAAUGCCUACGCAUAACUGUCUUGCCAGGGCAAAUACAGGUUAUGUCGGAGUCACACCGACUAAAACCCCAUGGUUCCUCUUUCGCCGCAUAUGGCAGGGCCUCGCUUUCGCACACAUCCGCAACCCCACCAGCGCCAGCCGCCCUAUGGUAGCCUUUUCUUGGGGAGGACUUCUCCCCCCUUCCUUCUUAGGUAAGGUGCACCAGGAACACAAGGCGCGCCUUCCUCCACGGCCUCUUACUAGAACUGCGAAACGGACUCCUCCGAGUUCGUGCUCGAGCUCCGAUACGCGAAGGCCAUGGGGCCAGGAAUAACGAGCACUUAGAAGAACAAGUUACCCUGACCUCAGCGGCGGAUCUGGCCUUCAGCUCCGCCGCCAACCAAGAUUCGGCUGCGUAGGGUAGGGAGAGCGGCGCCUCGCAAUACCGACACUCCUCUCUCCCCGCGGCCCCACCACCACCGCAUCAACGGUGCGGCCCCGUCUUAGUCGCGGAAGAUAGGGCGAGUGGCGCAUCGCUAUACCAACAUACCUCUUCCUCCGCGACUCCACCUCGGCUUUAGCGGUACGGGGACGGGACUCCCCUCCCGCUGCAGCCCACCAGCACACAUCCGGAGUGGGCUCGCCAAGCCCACUCGUAAUGGUCACCACGGGCCAGCCAAGUGGGGCUUCCUCUGUUCACCGCGGGUGACCAAGCUGCAGCUACUAAGCACACGGGGCUUUUACGGUCGCUACGGUGCCACGAUUUGUCUGCUCUACCCCUAGAGUGUUUUUGUAAGUUAAGCUCUAGCGCUGAAGCCGUUGCAGAAGUAACUUUGGGUCAAUAUUCCUGUGUAAAAGAAGUAAUUUUUGAAUAUAUAAUAUAAUAGUAAUGAUAUAAUAUACUCAGCGUAGCCACCUCAGCCCUUCACCGUGGCCCAACCAUGUUCCAUUCUGUUAUUCUGUUACCUCUAAGUUCACUGUGGGUGACUUAGCCACGGCUACUAAACUUCAUGGGUUUGGUUCAUGGGAAUCUUUUUUUAGGCCUCCCUCUACUCUUCUCGUAUAUUCAUCCUCUUUCAUAGCCUUAAUACACAAUACUUAAUACUAUCACUUUGUAAUAAUAUAAUCUAACUUAUAAUAAAACUAAUUUAGCCUACCAUGUUGACAACACACCUACCAAGCGUGGUAGCCAUGGUAAAUAUUCUUCCUAAGAGACAAUCUAUAGGGCAGGUGUAUCAAUGAAUGAAGAAAUUAAUUAAACAUACAAGUUGGAUAAUAAACAAAUUCUCUGUAGUACUAUGUACUCACACAUUUAAAUACAUCAAAAUUUUUAAUACUGUAUUAUAUAUUUUUAAUAAUUUAUACAUACACACAUCAACAGAAUCUAAGAAUACCUUAAUCUGAAAUUAUUUACAACUUUAUAGUUUAAAAUCUUUUUAGUUUCACUAAAAAGUUUAAAUACCGUAAAAUGGGCUGAAUAGACACAACUUUCAACUUCUACACUGUUUUUCUUACAUAUAUUGUAUAUAAGCUGAUAAUAAAACAUUUUAAUGUUGUGUCUUGUUGUAGUUUAUUGAAUACUAAUGCUUCAAACGAGUAAAAACAUGCAAAUUCGUUGUAUUUUAGAAAAAAGUUGUCUGUUUUUAUAUACCGGGAAUCCGGGGUUAAUAGAUACGACAUAGGGGUGAAUAGAGCAAAAAUGCUAGGGUUGUCAAAUUUGCUUUUGUUGUAGUAUUUAUUUAUUUAUUUAUUUAUUUAUUUACUCUUUAUUGUACACCAAAAACAAAACAAAAACGAAUACAAUUAAAUCUAAAUUAGAAAAUGUACAACAGGCGGUCUUAUCACUUUGAAAGUGAUUUCUUCCAGACAACCUUAGUGUAGAGAACUGAUGUAAACAAUAGUUAAAAAUAGAGGGGGCGUACAAAAUAAAAAAAAAUAUAAAAUACAUACAAAUAAAGGCAAGUGAAGAUUAUGUAUGAUAUAAUAAUAUAAUAGAUUAAAUGAAAAGAGUAC